AUGGAAGACGAUGGCGGUCGCUACUGUACUAAGAUGGCGAAAGAUUCGCCACUUUUACGUCCACUUUGGAAAGAUUCCGUGCCACGGCACCAGCAAACAGCAGGCGCAAGAAAAAGGAAGGUAGUGAUGUGGGAAGACAAGAAGAGAGAGAAGUUAAAGAAGAAUCCAGGGGAAGAACAAGGUGAGCAAGAUAUUAAUCGCGAGGAGUCUGCAGAGGCUCAAGAGCCCCAAAAGCCUCAAGAGGUCCAAGAGGCCCAGGGCGAAGAUAAAGACAUCUCGGCGCCAUCUCCAGUAGUCGAAACAGACGAUGAUGACCCGAUUCCAGGAAAUAUCGAAAGAUGCAAAGAACGCAUUGAGACCGGCAUUCUGCCAGACAUUUUUGAGAGAAGACUAAGCAAGUUCAUUGAAAGGCAGGAGCAUGCCGAGGUAAUCCAGGAGUUGGAGCCAGACCUCAGUUUGGAGAUCGUUACUCGACUCGUUGCAUUGAAGGAGAUGGAAGAGUACUAUCAGGACGUACAGGAUGACUAUACAGACGAAGAGCUACCGACGGAUCCAAAAGACCGAUGGAGGGAGGGAAAGCGUCGUGACUGGACAGAUAACUGUCUACUGAACAUGCAGGGAUUAAUUUCCGCCUACAGAAAUGGCGAGCUUCAGCAUCAUGAUACGUGA